AUGCUGAUCUCUCCUGAAUAUUUGGACCUUAUUGCCCGCCAGACGCUGAAUCAGUUCAUGAUUUUGCACACCGAUCCCGCAAUCCGUCAACGUCGCGCCAACGGUGCCGAGGCCAUUGUCGGAAUUGAGAAGAGCAAUGCGGCCGUGGAGCGGGCGCUCGUCAAGCACCGCUACGAACAUCCUGAAAUUGCUCAAACUGCGCUGUGGGAAGAAGGACAGAUUUUUCCUCUAAUUCAGUAUCAAGCGCCAAAAAGCAACGAAGAUGCUCUCGCCUGGGCUCAUGAGGUUGUUCAUGUUCGCGCUAGCAAAGAGACCGGAUUAGAUAUUCGCACAGAAAGUGAAAUCAAACGCUUCCAGGCUGCGAGUGGACCUGCCAAGGCUGUUGUUAUCGACAUUGUUGCACCGGUUGAUGGACUCGAUACGGCGAUUGGAUCUGUCAAUGUCGAAUUUGUCUUUCAUACUAACCAUUUGUACUUUGAUGGUAUUAGCAAACGUAUCUUUGUUGGUGACUUUUUCCGUUAUUUGACAGAGGUCGGUGAUGAAUUGCCGGACUUCAAAUGGGGUGAAGAAGUUGAGAAUUUGGGAGCACCGGUCUUGACAUUGUGGAAGGAGGGUGUCAAGACUUCUGGGCCGGAGUUUGAUGCUACUUUGGGACAAUACGCUGGCAUUGCCAUGAGAGGAUUGCAAAACUACGGCCUCAACCCAAACCAAACUACGGUCUCCCCCGAGUCAUUUUCCAUACCUUCACCGCCUCGGAAAGUGACUCAAUCUACUCCGUACAAAUCCGUCAAAUCUAAAGUCGGCCCUACAGCUUCUCCCGCCCAUUUGGGUCAUGCAGCUGUACUACUCGCCCUGUUGAAAAAGAAACCCACUACACCAGGAACGCCAGACAAUCAGAUAUACAUGGCUCAAUCACCCAUGAACGGACGUCGAUUCUUGCGGGAUGCAGAGAAGCAUGCCAAAACAUAUUACCCCAUUGUACAAGCUAGUUGUCCGGUCAUCUUUGAGAAUAUCAAGCAGUACAAUCUCGUUGAUGCGGAUAAGGAGACGAUCAACAAAUACCUGGUGCAAGCGACCAAGGUGGCGAAGGAUGCUUAUAAAACGUUGCUGAGUAAUCCAUAUACUUUGCCGGUGGGCACGUCGUUUCAUAACUUUGUGACGAUGUUGAUUGCUUCGAAUAAUAUUCCAGAGACCGGCAUCUCUUCACCGAUGUACACAAGUGACGGCGUCAACGAGACGUAUAUCGACCGCGAAGUCAGCGACGAGACCGGUAAGGUCGCAAUUACAAUCGAUACUGUUCGAUUUUUCCUAAACCAGUACAUGCCAUUCAUGUCCAUCCGUCUGGACAGCUUCCGCGGCCGCUCGGAGCUUUCCCUAAGCUACAACGACGGGCAAUACACGGACGAAGAAGCAUCCACAUUUUUGCAGGAUGUUGCUUCGUUCAUUUUGCAAUUUAUCCAGUAA